AUGAUUUAUCUGAUCCAAAUAAGAGCCAAUAAAUUGUGUGUAUUAACCGCUGGUGGAUUAUAUGACAUGAACAUGGAAAAUUUUGCAUCGUUGUCAGUGUUCCAGAAUAAUGGAAACCGAGGAGUAAGCGUGUACGAUAUACCAUAUUACGAAAUACUUAAAAGAUACUUCAGAUUUUUGGGGCUGGAUCCUUAUCAGGAAGGUUCAAUCAGUAUUGUUACUAUGUAUGUUAUGAUAUGCAGCGCGCUCGGUAUGGUUAUUCCUACAUUCUUAGGAUUCUACACAUCGAUACUGAAAAAAGAUAUGGAUCUAAUGUUCGAGUCCGUGCCAUAUUUUAUCGCCGCCUCUAUCAGCAUCGUUAAAAUAUUGAAUGUCCAUCUCAAUAGAUCAAACUUUAGAAAAUUAUUAAAUUGGGUGGCAAAAGAAUGGGAACAUUUAAAAAUGAACGACGAACUGGAAGCGCUGGAGAAGCUUACCAAACGAGCAAGCACCGUUGCAAACGUAUACAGAACUUGUUUGUUCUCGUCUAUGGUAAUAUUUCUGUCGCUCACGUUGCUUCCAUCUGUCCUGGACGUCGUUCUACCUCAAAACGAAACACGACCACGACAACAAUUGUUUAACGUCAACUAUUUGUUCUUCGACAGCGAAGAUUACUACUAUUCCGUGUAUUUACAGUUAUCUUGGAGUACGCUCAUUUGCGUUACCAUUAUAGCCACCGUUGAUUCAUUAUAUAUCAUCGUCAUUCAUCACGCCAGUGGAAUGUUUGUAGUAUGCGGCAAACAGUUCCAAAAAGCGACGGAAAUGGCCGACAUGAUCGAUGGAAAUGAACAAUUCAAUCGGUUCAGGCGUUGCAUGGUCUCGCAUAACAAGGCUCUCCAGUUUUACGAGAUACUAAAUGAAACUAGCACGAACAGUUAUUUGUUUCAAGUCGGAAUAAAUAUGAUUGGGAUAAGUGUGACGGCUGUUCAAUUGAUCCUGAACCUUGACAGACCGGAAGAGGCGACCAAGGCUGGCGUACUCCUUGUAUCGAAACAGUUUCACUUAUUCGUCAUUAGUUUGCCUGGUCAAGUAUUGCUGGAUCAUUGUGCGGAACUGGAAACAAAUAUAUACUGUUCUAAAUGGUACAAGACACCGAUCAGAAUUAGAAAAAUGAUUGAAAUUAUGCAAAUGAGAUCCAGUAAACCGUGCGCACUGUCGGCUGGAGGACUGUACGAAAUGAGUAUCGAGAAUUUUGGAAACACGAUGAAAACGUGUAUGUCGUACGUUACGAUGAUGUUGUCAUUCAGGCAAUGACUCCUCAACACGUUUUUAGCUGAAGGAUCUUAAAUCGCGUCCGUAGUUUGUUCUUCUUAGGAAAUAAAACACGUUAUUACUGAAGAAACGAGUUAAAGGAGAAUUUCGAUGUAGUUGUUUUUUUUACGGGUAUACGAAUAAACUUGUUAAAAUAAAUGUGUUUUUGUUCUAAUUCAUUCUGAUUUCCUUCGCGUUUAUAGCUACGAUACGUUUAUUGUUUCGAAUAUUUUCUGGUAUUUGUCUUACAGGAAAAAAUUCA